AUGGAAAGCUGUCCUCGAAAACAGCAGUUAGAUUUAGUGAAACAAAGUUCCUUUCAAAGUCACACUUUGAACAAUGUAACCAACACCUUAAGUAAGAGCGCCACAUUGAACGUAACGUCUUCUCGCUUUAGACAUGGAGAAGUUCUGAACGUGGAUUUCCGAGCGACAAUGGUUUCAACAACUUCAGCACCAACCCCAUCAGCGACGACCUCUCCGUUUUACCUUUUACGAGAUGAUCCUCGUGAGUUUAUAACAAGUUACUUUUGUAUGAAUAGCGUUACAGUAUUUUAGUGUUUUUUUCAUUCAACGUCGUUAUUUUUUGCAGCCACACCGCUAGAAACAAAUGGUAGCCUUUUACAUGGCUUCGACCAGACACAAAAAGGCAAAAAGGUGAAGGAAGGUCUCAGUUCGUUUCUUCCGCAUUUACCUGGUAAGGCUUCUUCCACAAUGCUUUAAUCAUAGUCUACAUGUGAAGAAGGAAGUGCAUAAAUCUAUUGUCCCGUGGCUUACGUUACCCUGUAUAUAAAUGAAAAUGGCAAUUCAAUAUAAGUUAAGCACAUAUCGGCCAAAUGAGCCUAAAUAAGCUUAACAAAUAAUUGUUUUAAAACACUUUCUCAGUGUUCAAAUGCAAUAUGUUGUGUUAAGCUUAAUUUUUGUGACAUAUUUAGCUGAUAAUUUGGUGCGUCAGUUUAGAAAUGCAGAUUUCUCUAAACUAUAAGCUUCAAUUAAACAAUAUGCUGAAGUUUCCUACUCAAAAUUUACAUUUAUGCUGAGCAAGCAUGUACAGUAUUUAAUAUCUGCAAAUUAAAUUUCAAGAUACCUGACCACAUCAACUGCUCCUGUGGUCCGACAGCAAUCAAGGAAAUAGUUCAUCCUCAGUUCACACUCCCACAGUCCCAUUUCCCUGUUGCAGAAAACUCAUGAGGUGUUGAAACAUGUAACUCUUUAUCUGAUGCUUGUGAACAUUAACGAGCAUGGAACGUGAGCUACAUGUUUCAAUCCCUUAUGAGUUUCUGCCUUUAGUCAAUAUGUCUAUUCAAAUCAACUAGUAAAACAACUACUCCCACUUUUGCAGCCCUUUAGUCGAGAAAUUUAUCAAAAUCAAGUAUGUAGAAUGACUGCUCAAACCCAUAGUAACUUAAAAUCAGGUACUGACAAAUACAUUGUUUGGAAUCAGUUUUAUUACGAUAUUUUACUUAAAGGCUUAAAGUUUGACUUUAUUUUUGCAGUAAUAUUGCUUGGUAAAUUUUUUGCUUGUGUUCAUUCUGGUAUGUUUUAAAGUUCUUUUCUCCCUGCACAAGUUCAAUGACUAAGUUGUCCUUGAUUCUUAAAACUGAUAACAUCACAAACAGUACAAGGGACAUGGAUAUCUACAUGGAUACAGGUGAUUACAGGCGGUAAGCAAAACCACCCAAUAUAAUGGAGGUUGCCCAUAGGAAAAACCCCUUAUAUAUAUGGAACAUAGACUACUCAGGCUCAAUUGCCUUUUGGAGCAUUUUCAGGUCUGACUAAUUAAGUGUGUUCCCUUUUUCCUUUUCUCUUUGUUCAGGUGUUAUAGAUGAACUGGGGGGACCCGAAACUAGGUAAAUAGACAUUGAAAAUUGCUUUACAGAUAUUGCAGCUGCUAUUAAUUUUAUACCCCAAUAGGCCAUGUUUCAGUUGUGGGCUUAGUGUCCUAGGCUUUGAGUGUACGUGAGGCUGAGGUUGAUCUUGUUUUGAUACAAACCUCAUCCCUUUUCUAAUGUAAAUUCUGCUUAAAAAAUACUAGUUAGCAUAAGAACCACAUGAUUUACAUGAUAAAGCAGGAAGGGUUAAAUCAAAACAAGGUCAACCCCAGCCUUGUUUCUGCUUGCAACUGUAAAAUGGUCUAUUCUAACAGCAUGAGACACAUGCACUUGAUACAAUGUAAAAGCACAGUUAGAAUAACGUAUCUGUGCAAAUUUUAUCAAUAAACUAGGAAAACUACCUAGUUGCCAAUUUAACUCUUUUGGUUGGUGCCACAUAUAUUGUGAGAUGUUUUGUGGUUACAGUUGUGGUGUGAGAAACUAUAACUACCGUAUAAUGUUUUGGUGAACGUUCUGUAAUUUAAUAUGAACUUGUCGGAAUAAUGCGCAAUAUUAUAGUAUGUCACAAGCCUAAGGGUAGUAUCUGUUAGGUUGCAUGAUAUGUUUUCCAGAAAAUAUCACUGCUGUACAACAGACAUAAAAACUGUAACCACAUGCACUUGCUCAAGGUUUUUUUUUUUUAAUUCUUCUGACUAAAAAGACAGAUUUGUGAUAUCAGCUCAUAUGGAUUCUUCACCACUGGUCAGUGGUGACUGAUCAUGGCAGCUGCAAUCUUUCCAGCUCUGGGUUAUUAGAGUCUGUAAUCUGCUCCCUUAAGGAGUUACGUCAUCUUCUACAUUAAGCUGUUUUAGGCAUUCUGCUUUGCCUGCCAUUAGAUCACUUAAUAUCUGCACAGGCUGUAACCGCUGACCGGUACCCUCCCAGUAUUUGAGGAAUCUCUAUCUUUUUUGGGAGUAUUUGUGCACCAAGUGGAAAAUCUUCCACAAUUCACUUUCAGAGUUACAUGGUACAUGUACUACACCAAUUCUAAUUUUUUAUCCAAUUUAGGUCAAAAGAAGUGUUACACCUACAAAGUAACAUAUAUAUUUAUUUUUUGGUAUUUAAUUUUCUGUUUUCAGUCUACGUUCUGUGGUUGACAAGCCACCUAUUGGUGGGAAAGAGCUUUUACCGCUAACUGGGCAUUCUUUGUCUGGAUUUCGCUUAAAUCCUGGUCCAGUAAGUGUACCUAAUAGGCUCAAACAUGAGUAAACAGUCCAACCUCAAAAUUGUCUGGAAUUAAAUUUACCAGAUUUCCCUUCUUUACUUUUUGAUCCGUUUUUUUUUUUAAUAUGAUGAAUAAUCAUGGACAUCUUAGAAUAUGAUUUGCUGGGUUUUUUUCUAUUCAAACAUUGAAAGAUGCAGGGUUGUCGCUAUAAGAUUUCAAGUUGCUAGGUAAAUACAAUAAGUAGGCAGAGGAUCAAACAGCUAGGGAUUUCUUUUGGUUCCAUUUUUCUUCUAUUUUCCAAAUAAGAUAUCAUUAAUUUUAAAUAUUUAGAAUUUUCCAGACUAUUUACCCCAGUCCUGCCAAGUCCAGAUAAUCAAGGUUCUACUGGAGUGGCCAUUUACUCAUGUGUUGUUUAACUCUGCCUGAAACACUGCCAUAUUGUCUUUUAUUGUCUAGAAUUUUUUGUAUUUUUCUAGAUCCCUGAGCAGUUCCGUUUCAUGAGUCAGCACCCAGUGAAGAAGAAACACAGACACAAGAAACACAAAAGUCAAGAUACUGAACGAAAUAAAGAUAGCGAAACUGUUGGUCAAGGUUUGCGGCAACUUGAGCAAGAGAAGCCUGCAUCCUCUUCUGCUGGUAUGUUAAAAAAAAAUGGAGAGGCUUAUAUCUGGAAAGGGGGGUCUUACAACCGCUUUGAAACAAGCUAUAACCAGUGCAUGAACUAAAUACAUUUUGCAUGUCUGGGUUAAAAAUUAACCUUCAAAACUUCACAAAUAGAAUGGCCCUUAUGCAUGAUUACGUCGGACAAGCAAAUUUCACCACCAAGCCUCUCUUGCAAGGAAAAUUCUGUGCAUUUGCACUCUUUGUCUGUGGAUAUUCUUUUCAAAUUUGCUGCCUCGUGAAUUCUUUUAUGCAAAACUUAGCAACUUUACAAUUUCAAAAUGAGGUUUGAAGGUGAAAUUUGCUCAUUUGACGUAAACAUGCAUAAGGGCUAUUAAUUCAAUACAGGAGGGGGCCUAUAUUUAGGGUGGAGGGCUUACUGGUAAGUCAUUUAAGUGUAUCUAAAAAUCAAAUUGGCUUUGUAAUUCUUUCAGAUUUGAAUUCAGAUACAGUAUUAAGCCUGGAUUAGCUUAUAACUGUACUUUGAACAAGAGCCUUAUUGAUAGUGUUUGGUGCUAAAUAAUAAUAUGUAGCUUCAAUAAAUAUGUUUAUUUUUCAACAGAAAAAUCAGAGGGAAGUCAUGAUUCAAAGAAACACAAAAAACAGGUUAGCCAAGUAGGAGCCUUUUGAAAAUGCUUAAACAUUUUUCUUAGGAAUGAAUUUCAGAAUUACCAUUGUAGCAGAGUACUUCUCCAGUAUCCAAUAAAGUGUACAUAUUGUAAGAGAACUUCCAAUCUUUAUCAUAUGCUACUAUGUUGCAAAUGAUUUCUUGGAGGUCUCGAUUCUUUAAGGUAGACGGAUUAUGGAGAUCUCUGUUCCUCUUUGCAUUUAGUCCUUGCUACAAACAUGAAUUAUUAUAAAAUGCAGGUUUUUAUCUUAGGUUUUCAUUUCUUGUUUCAGAAAAAGCAUGAUGACGGUGAAAGAAAAAAGAAAAAGAAGGAAAAGAAAAAGAAAAAGGUAAUCACACUGUAUUAUUGGCAGGGCAAAUUGCUUGAUUUUACGUGGCAAUAGAAAUUAACUGUGGGCUAACUUAUCUGUUCUAAUUUCAGAAACAUACCCCAGAUGCCACCCCUACAGGGGGAUUGGAACCCAGCUGA